GAGGCGGGGCCGGGCCGCCCCCGCCGCGCCCGCCCGCCCGCCCGGGAUGUCGCGCUGAGGCCCAGCAUGGCCGGCCCGGGCCCCACCUUCCCGCUGCACCGGCUCGUCUGGGCGAACCGGCACCGCGAACUGGAGGCCGCGCUGCACAGCCGCCAGCACGACAUUGAACAGGAGGACCCCCGGGGGCGUACCCCUCUGGAACUGGCUGUGUCCCUGGGGAACUUGGAGUCCGUGAGAGUCCUCCUUCGACACAAUGCCAAUGUGGGCAAAGAGAGCUGCCAGGGCUGGGCAGUGCUGCAGGAGGCAGUCAGCACUGGGGACCCGGAGAUGGUGCAGCUGGUGCUCCAGUAUCGGGACUACCAGAGGGCCACACAGAGGCUGGCUGGCAUUCCAGAAUUGCUCAACAAACUCCGCCAGGCCCCCGAUUUCUACGUGGAGAUGAAGUGGGAGUUCACCAGCUGGGUGCCCCUCGUGUCCAAGAUGUGCCCCAGCGAUGUGUACCGCGUGUGGAAGCGGGGCGAGAGCCUGCGGGUGGACACCAGUCUCCUGGGCUUCGAGCACAUGACCUGGCAGCGCGGCCGGAGGAGCUUCAUCUUCAAGGGCCAGGAGGCAGGAGCCUUGGUGAUGGAAGUGGACCAUGACCGGCAGGUGGUGCACACGGAAACGCUGGGGCUCGCCCUACAUGAGCCAGAAGCGCUGCUGGCCGCCAUGCGGCCCAGUGAGGAGCACGUGGCCAGUCGCCUCACCUCUCCUAUUGUCUCCACCCACUUGGACACUCGAAACGUGGCCUUUGAGAGGAACAAAUGUGGUAUCUGGGGCUGGCGGUCUGAGAAGAUGGAAACCGUUAGCGGCUACGAGGCCAAGGUGUACAGUGCCACCAACGUGGAGCUGGUGACACGCACACGCACGGAGCACCUCUCUGAUCAGGACAAGUCGAGGAGCAAAGGGGGGAAGACUCCGUUCCAGUCGUUCCUCGGGAUGGCCCAGCAGCACUCCUCCCACAACGGGGCUCCUGUGCAGCAGGCAGCCAGCCCCACCAACCCCACAGCCAUCUCCCCCGACGAGUACUUCGACCCCAACUUCAGCCUGGAGUCGAGGAACAUUGGCCGCCCCAUCGAGAUGUCCAGCAAAGUACAGAGGUUCAAGGCAACAUUGUGGCUGAGUGAGGAGCACCCGCUCUCCCUGGGUGACCAGGUGACGCCCAUCAUCGACCUGAUGGCCAUCAGCAACGCUCACUUUGCCAAGCUGCGAGACUUCAUCACCCUGCGCCUCCCACCUGGCUUCCCGGUCAAGAUUGAGAUCCCCCUUUUCCACGUGCUCAACGCCCGCAUCACCUUCAGCAACCUGUGUGGCUGUGACGAGCCCCUGAGCUCAGUGUGGGUGCCGGCCCCUGGCUCGGCUGUCACAGCUUCAGGGAGCCCUUUCCCGUGCGAGGUGGACCCCGCCGUGUUCGAGGUGCCCGAAGGGUACAGUGUGCUGGGCGCGGAGCGCAGUGAGCCCCUCCGCGACGAGGACGAUGACCUGCUGCAGUUUGCCAUCCAGCAGAGCCUGCUCGAGGCGGGCGCGGAGGCGGAGCAGGUGACUGUCUGGGAAGCCCUGACCACCACCGGGCCCGGUGCCCACCCUCCUCCCCACGUCACGGCUUAUGAGGAGCAGCUUCAGCUGGAGCGGGCCCUCCAGGAAAGCCUGCGGAUGUCCACCGAGCCCCGGGGCCCGGGAUCCCCGCAUAGGACGCCCCCGGCCCUGGCCCCCCCCAGUUUUGAGGAGCAGCUUCGCCUGGCCCUGGAGUUGUCCUCACGGGAGCAGGAGGAGCGGGAGCGACGGGGGCAGCAGGAGGAGGAGGACUUACAGCGCAUCCUGCAGCUGUCACUCACGGAGCACUGAGCCCCGAGGCCCGGCCCGGGAGGGCUGUCCGGCUGCACCCCCGCCCGCUUUUGUAACUUAUUUAUUUAUAAACUGUCUGCUGCUGCGCUGGGGGCCUGGAGCCCUGGGGGUGGGCUUGCGUUGGAGACCAAGAUGGAAAUAAAGAGACCUUCAGCAGCAG